AUGUUUUACAGUCACGAGAUACUCGCCAGCAAGCAGUACGGCGUCGCGACAAUUUGGCAUGUCGCGAACUUCGGGCCCAAAGGUGGCGUGCGAAGGCUCUCCCGGAAAGCCAUCGAUGAUGUCAACAUCCCAAGGGCUUGUGACAAGAUCAUGGAUCCGGGCCCGCCGAUAUCCUUACGUCUUCAAAGCAAUCUGCUGUACGGGGUGACUUGUGUUUAUUCCCGUCAGUGUCAUUACACCCUCAACGACAGCGAGAAAAUUCGAGAGACAAUGAAGACCAUGGUCGUUGUCUAUGGUGACAGUGGAAUCGACACAAAAGCCGGCAAGACCAGACGUGAACAGAUCACAUUGAGCGAUGACCCGCGUUUUAUUCUGUCCAACAAAAUCCCCGAAUUCAAACUUGACAGUGGAGAAUCGCUCUUCCCUAGCCAGCCAUUUCUAUCGUCUGGAGGCAAGAAGUCUCAAUCCCAGCUUAGUCCCUUCCCAAGCCCAUCGAUUCUCGACUUCGCGAGUCCCGCUCUACCGAUUCAUCUAGACCUUUCGCAAUCCUCCUCUCCAAACGCCGGCUUCCAGUUCCCGUCACCGCACAUUCAUGGAUCUGCAGCCAACACUUUCCUCCCAAAAACACGGGACGACCUCGAUAUGGACAUGCACAUGGAUCCCUUCGGUAUUUUAGAUGAUGAUGGUGGCCUCCAUAUGAGUGUCGGUCUGAAUGGAGAACUCAUAGAUGAUGAUCUGGAAUUACCAGUCCUUCCCGGAACAGAUUUGACAGAAGACAGCGUGCAGAUACAAGAUCAGCAGCAGUCACAAGAGCUUCCCCAGAACGAGCAAGACCAAAUCGCAUUUAACCAGGAUGACGAUGUUCCUAUGGUAGGAAAUGACGUUGCUGGACCCCAAGAAGAGGAAGCCUUGCAGUCUGUACGGUCACCUGAACAGGCCAGAAUUCCCAAGGCGGUUGCACCUGUUGCCAAGCGAGGCCGUCGUGUACUCAUGCUUGACCGUGGCAGAACCACAAUUGCCCGCAGUUCUCUCAAAUCUUGGGACCAGGAUUACCUGGAGAAUGCUGCAGCUGCCAGAAGCAAGCGGAAGAGAAGUACCCGUGCGCAAGCGAGAGCAUAUGCCUACCAGAUUGUCCUUGGACGUGGGAUCAACAAUGUCGGCGAUUUACGGGGUGUUACUGGAGUCACUUAUCCGCUUGCUCAAACCUAUGCAGGGAAUGGCCUUCGUGAUCGUAUCUGGGGACCUUCCUUAGAUCAAGGCCACAAUUCCAGCACUUCUUCACCUGGAGGUUCUAGAAGAAGACGUCAACGAAGCUCGGAAGAAGCCUUUGGCGAAGAGGAGCAGGAGCGCAAAGUUCGACCUAAACUCGAGGAGACACCACAGCAAGGCCGCUCCAUGGACGAUGUGCUUGACUUUGAUCUACUUCUCAACGAUGAAUCAAUGCCUGAGAUAGGUAUGGAGGCUGCACAACCCCUAGCUGACCACAUGUCAUCUUCUCUCAUGCCCUGGAACCACACCCCCUCGGUCGGCAGAGGUUCCUCAAUCGGCCCCAACUCACAGCAAGGCGGCCGUCAGCUAAGUAUGCGUGGAAGUAGCAUUCCGCCGUUCGAGCCGCUCCGAGACGUUCCCGAUGGUGAUAUAGCAGCCGACCUUAUUCAGUUUCCAGGCGCCGAGGGCCUUGGUGAACUAGUCCCCGCGGCCUUGCUCGAUAUUGGGCAGCAGCAGAAUCAGGAUGAAACGCACUGGUCCCGGUCGGCAAUGGAUACUGCAAGCCAAGAGUUUCUGCGCUGGACAGAAGAAGAGACCAAAACAACAGGCUACAUCAAGGAAGGAGACUCGAACGAGAACCGCAGGUGGGUCGCAUUCGAGAGCCUGGUCCCGCCUGGACAGCAGAAUCACGUUGUCGCAGCGCAGGCGUUCUACCACAUACUUUCCCUAGCAACAAAGAAUGUGAUCAAGGUCGAGCAAGACGUUGAGAGGCUGGAGCCUUUCGGAACAAUUCGGGUUGGAAUUGACAUGACGGCGCAACUGGACAACACGAAUUGA